UAACUUUGCAUUUUACCAAGAUAGCUUUGUAUUUUACCAAUAUAGCUUUGUAUUUUACCAAUAUAGCUUUGUAUUUUACCAAGAUAACUUUGCAUUUUACCAAGAUAGCUUUGUAUUUUACCAAUAUAGCUUUGUAUUUUACCAAGAUAACUUUGUAUUUUACCAAGAUAGCUUUGUAUUUUACCAAGAUAGCUUUGUAUUUUACCAAGAUAACUUUGCAUUUUACCAAGAUAGCUUUGCAUUUUACCAAUAUAGCUUUGUACUUUACCAAUAUAGCUUUGUAUUUUACCAAGAUAACUUUGUAUUUUACCAUGAUAGCUUUGUAUUUUACCAAGAUAACUUUGCAUUUUACCAAGAUAGCUUUGCAUUUUACCAAUAUAGCUUUGUACUUUACCAAUAUAGCUUUGUAUUUUACCAAGAUAUCUUUGCAUUUUACCAAGAUAGCUUUGUAUUUUACCAAUAUAGCUUUGUAUUUUACCAAGAUAACUUUGUAUUUUACCAUGAUAGCUUUGCAUUUUACCAAGAUAACUUUGCAUUUUACCAAGAUAACUUUGUAUGUUACCAUGAUAGCUUUGCAUUUUACCAUGAUACCUUUGCAUUUUACCAUGAUAGCUUUGUAUUUUACCAAGAUAACUUUGUAUUUUACCAAGAUAACUUUGCAUUUUACCAAGAUAACUUUGCAUUUUACCAAGAUAGCUUUGUAUUUUACCAAUAUAGCUUUGUAUUUUACCAUGAUAGCUUUGUAUUUUACCAAGAAAGCUUUGUAUUUUACCAAUAUAGCUUUGUACUUUACCAAGAUAGCUUUGUAUUUUACCAAGAUAACUUUGCAUUUUACCAAAGUCACUUUUUAUUUUACCAUGCAAGCUUUGUAUUAGACAGCCAAAUGAUCACAAAGGACAACAUAAGAAAAACUAAAAUUACCCAGACUCCUGUUCACUCCAAAUCAAGCAGGUACAAUGAUUGUAAAUGUGCCUGAAACCUCAUGAGCUCACACAAUAAAACUAGAACUUGAAAUUAUCCUAUUGAAAUUCCUCAAAAGGUGUCUCCUAUAUACUGUUUU